CAAAAUCUGAUAAUUUUUAGUUGACUACACAUUUAUACAUAUAACCAUGGCAAUCAUUUGCGUAGUGAUUAAAAAAUAAAAUCUGGCAUCACAGCUCAAUAGAACAGCUGUGUUUUCAUUCAUCUCUAAUAAAACAAAAAAUAGCAAUUUGUUUAACAUAGACAAUGGAAAGGUAACUUAAAAGAAGUGACCCAAAUGAUUUAGAUAUUGACGAAGUUAGCAGUGACUCCGAAGAAAACACGUGCCGGCCCAGCACCAGUAAAAAAAAAUAUACCCAAAGACCCAGAAAAAGCUGGUUUAAUGAUCCGAGACUAUGCAAGUGGAUUGUCGACCUAAAUGAUCGGGAGGUAAAGUGUAAUACUGCCAUUGUACUUUAAAACCAAAACAAAGUACACUUCUUACUCAUGGAAAAACUUCUAAGCAUUUAGCAACAGCAUCGCCUUUCACAAAAAACAAUCAAAAAACACUCGAUUUUCACCCACUAAACAGCAAUUCCAAAGUAAAAGCAGCAGAAUUAUUAGAAGCUUUAUAUGUAACGGUACACACCACGAUAAGGUCAGCCGAUCAUUUAGUCCGUUUACAAAAAUAUAUAUUUAUUGAUAGCAAGGUCGCCGUUGGCAUGACAUUGGGUCGAACAAAGUGUACUGCCCUCAUUAAGUCAAUUUUGGCUCCCCAUUUUCAACACUGAAGAUAUUAGUGACAACUUAACUUACAGACAUAACUAUUGAUAAGUAUUUGGGUAUAGUAAUACGUUAUUACAGUAAGUCUGCCAAACAAAUUGUAAACACAUUUUUAAACUUAAGUGCACUUGAUGACGCGUCAGCCAAUGGAAUAUGCAAAGCCAUUUUUAAAGUUAUUAAGGAUUUUAAUCUAAAAAUUCAAAACAUGGUGGGCUUAGGAACUGAUAAUGCCAGAGUAAUGACUGGAGUUAACCGUGGAGUGAUAGCAAAACUACGUGAAAAAAAUAAAAACAUAAUACCAGUUCCCUGUAUCUGUCAUUCCAUUCAGCUUUCAGUGUCUUCAGCAUCCAAAAUGCUACCUGAUGAAAUUUAGUAUUUGGUGUCAGAAACUUACAAUUGGUUUUCCAAAUCAACUUUAAGACACAAACAUUAUAAAAGCAUUUACGCUGCGACUAAUGAUGGCAUGCAACCAUUAAAAUUGGUAAGAGCUUGUGACACUAGAUGGUUGUCAAUUGAAUCAGCUGUAAAUCGUAUAGAAAGUCAAUGGCUAGAGUUGAAAACUCAUUUUGAAGUUGCCGAAGCGGUAGAAUCGUGUCAUCAAGCCAAUAUAUUAAAAAAACUGUACACUGAAAAAAAUUUAUUAUAUCUGAAGUUUUUGAAACCUUUGCUGUCAGAUGUACAAAAAGUAAAUAAAAUGUUUGAAAGUAAUAAUGCUGACCCUACUCUGUUGCAAUCAGAACUAUAUGUUCUUUUGAAAAACCUUUCCUAUCAAAUUGUUUUAAAAUCUGACAUUUUUUAUCCGUUCAAUUCGCGUUUAGAAGAUUUUUUUGUUCCAACACCAUACUUUAAUUACAACUUUGAAGCAUUUUUAAAAUCAAAGAAAGAUGUAAUCAAUUCUGAAGAAGAAAAUGAAAUAAGAGUUACUUGCCGAAAGUUUAUAGCUCAGUUAAUAUAUCAGCGUAGACAACGAUUGCCAGCAAAUUUUCUAAAUCUUAAAGAUACAAAUUUGUUUUCUGUAGAAAACAGUUUAAAAACGAAAAAAAUUAAAUUGCAUGAACAUUUUGAACAACAAAUGGAAGAUUUCACAGUGGACGAAAUUACUAUUUUAAAAAAGCAAUGGCAAAAGCUAAGUACAUAUGAAUGGGCAAAUAAAAACUCAACAAUUGAUUUCUGGAUAAGUGUAUACGAAUAUAAAAAUGCUUUAAAUGAAAACCCGUUCCAGGAAUUGUCUUCUUUUGUUAUGAAGUUUCUAGUUUUACCAUUUAGUAACGCGGAAGUUGAAAGAAUUUUCAGUGGCAUGAACCUUAUAAAAACAAAAAUUAGAAAUAGAAUGAUAUUGAACACUAUGAAUUCACUUCUUUACAUUAGAUGCGGAUUGAAAAGGUGAAAUAAAUGUUGCGAAAGUUUUAAAAUUACCAACGAUCUCAUACAAAAAUGUGAUAAAAACAUGUAUGAUAAUGAUAUUUCGACCGACUCUUCGGAAGUUGAGGAACAAUAUUCAUUUGAUAAUGUAUUUAGUUUAUAAAUAAAAUGUAUCAUUUGUAAACAAAGGAUAUUUAAAAAUGUACUGAAAUGCUAUUAAAUAGCGAUUUAAAUGUUUAUGUUAUUUUU